AUGCAGAAUUCAACCCCUGUGACAGUAUUCCUUUUUAAUUCUUAUGAAGCUAAAGGCAACAUUAAGUAUUUGUACUUCUCGGUCACCCUACUGAUAUAUCUUUUGAUUGUCUUUGUAAACACAGUUCUUAUAACAACAAUUGCUAGAGAAAGAAAACUCCAUGAACCCAUGUAUAUAUUUAUUUGUAACUUGUCCCUGAAUGGGCUGUAUGGCAGCACAGCAUUUUAUCCCAAUAUCUUGGCUAACCUCUUGUCAGAAACACCCUCCAUAUCUAGAGCUGGGUGCAUGAUUCAGAUAUUUUGCACACAUACAUAUGGAGCAUUUGAGUAUUCAAUUUUGGCCUUGAUGGCGUAUGAUCGAUAUGUGUCCAUAUGUCAUCCAUUGAUGUAUAACAGCAUUAUGACCCCAUUAAAAGUGACUCAGCUUUUAGUGUCUGUAUAUAUGUACCCAGCUUGUAUUAUGUUGAUACAUGUUGUUCUAACGGUUCAGUUGCCUCUCUGUGGGUUUAUAAUAGACAAAGUCUACUGUGAUAAUUGGUCAGUUGUCAGGCUGUCAUGUUCAAAUGUGUCUGUUAACAGUGCCUUUGGACUCUUUGUCACAGUUAUUGUUAUGUGUCUUCCAUUCACUGUGAUCAUCUACUCAUAUGUCAGAAUCCUGGCAGUGUGUCUGAAAUCUACAAAGGAAGCUCGUGCUAAAGCUCUACGGACCUGCACCCCUCAUUUACUGAGCUUCACAAACUACAGCUUAGCCUCGUUUUUUGAAAUUCUUCAACAUCGUUUUGACCUUGGUAAUAUGCCCCAUUUGGUUCGCAGUAUGAUGUCAAUAAACCCUUUUCUGCUGCCUCCACUUUUAAAUCCUAUCAUCUACGGAGCUAAAUUGCAGGAGAUAAGAAGAAGGACCAUAAAAAUGUUCUUUGGAAGAAAUACAAGUUCUGUUGGAGUACCUGCAAGUGUAAAGCAGUAA